AUGUCUGGUCUACAAGUGACUGUAACCCUCACGCCGUUGGGGCCCGAAAUCCCACUGACACGUACCCUCGUCCUCACCCCCGCAAAGAGUGCUAUCAUAAUCGGACGUUCAUCUAAGCGUGGCCUGAAACACCGAUCUCCCGACAGUGCAAAUGGGUGGUAUGAAUCUCGGAUUGUCUAUAUCGAUGAUCUCGGCUCAACCCAUGGAACCUGGAUUAAUAAUACCCGACUGCCUUUCGGAGAUCCAUCGGCCCUGACUACUGGAGAUAUCGUGCGAUUUGGAGUGGAUGUUGAGCGAGAUGACGAAGCAUUCCCUGCACUCGUUGUUCGGUGCAAAAUCGACUGGUCGGGCGAGGCGUAUGCGACUCCCCUUGCCUGGCUUCCCCACACUUCCGCUGAUUACGUUUCCAGGUACCUCACUCCUAUCCCUCAAAGGGAGGACGUCAAGGAGCCACUUGAUUCCGAGACCCGAUCUGUAUCGAAGGCAACACCGAGCCCUUCCACAAACACCUUCCGUGUUCCUGAAGAUGAUAGUGACGUUGAGGAGGUUUUGCCAACUGAAUCCAAUAUUCCUCUCCCGCAAAAUGAGGAUAUGCCUGUGGGAAAUUCCAAGAAACGUGAAGAUUUUGACGGCAUGCCUACCUUAGAAGAUGAUGUCGAGCCCAAAGACAUCCCGCUUCAGUCUUCAAGGAAUGAUGCCCCAGAAUCAAACCUGAGUCCGAAGAUCGAGGAAUGUUCUUCCAAAGCAGAGGCCAUAGCAAAUGCAGAAAGUACCAAUCAGCAAGCUGAUGAAGAGUUACCUCCACAGUCUGAAGAUUUCGUCAAGUCAGCUGUUGAUGGGUAUGAUGCAGAAGAGAUGGAGGGAGAGCUGUCACUUUCAGAUGGUUUGAGCGCGGAUGAAUAUGACGAUGAGUAUGAUGAGGAGAUUGGAUAUGGCCCACUCGCAAAUCAUUCAAUUUACAGCGAUUCCGCUGCCAACAGUGAUCAUGAAGACAUCGCUUAUGUUUCGGAUAUACCUUACAUCUCGGACGUAUCUGGUAUGUCAGAGGAAUCUUACAGUUCGGAUAAUUCGGAGGACGAGUCUGCGGCUGGAGAUUACGAUGAGGAGGACUCUGAAGAUGACGUUGAUGGUCACGAGCCUUACUACUGCAUCGACCCCAGUCUCUUGGACCACUCUAAAGACGCUCGACCCGGCCAGUCUGUUGUGGGAAGUAAGGUCGAUGCUCUGGAGCCAACUCGAGUCGCAGUGCCCAACGACUUUAAGCACCACACAUCGAAACCAACUGCCAUGCGCUCACGCACUUUGAAUUGCCCAAUAACGACUCUUCUUGAUUGCCCGAUUCCACAAUCGAUGAACCGUGCCAAGAUGCUCUCUGAUUACGAUCUCUCAAUCGACCCCUCUAAUCAAGAAUCAGACUGUCCCACCACUUCUUACUACGACGGGCCAUUUUUCUGCAACGACGUGAGCCCUAACUCUGAGUGCAAUGGGCUAAAUAACUCCAAGUCUACAACUCUGAAGCGCAAGGCUUGCGAGAUGGAGUUGCAAGAUGCUCAGAUUGAUGACAACGCCAUCUUGCCAUCACCAGAGCCGAGUCUCCAAACACUCGACGAGUCGCAGGCCAUCGCUGCGAUCACUUCUGCCCUUUCCGAGGUAGAAGUUCCCAACAAGCGAAUCAAGUCUUCACAUUCCUCUUCGUCGCGAGUGGCCAGCUAUACUGCCACGGCAGUGGUUAGCGCUCUUCUAGGUGGUCUGGGCACCAUCGCACUUCUGGCCUCUUUGCCAGCAGAGUACUUCCAGUGA